GCUUCACACAAACACAGACGAACACAAAAUGCUCAGCUGUCUGGGUCGCGGACAAGACUCAUAACUUCGUGUCAAUUCCAGCCGUCUUGGUUAUUAUACUGUCUUUUUCUCAGUGAAUGUACAUCAACCACCACAGCCAAACAAUGAGAGUCAUCCUCAAGAGAAAGUUUACAGAAGUAGAGAAAAAUCCCUGCUACUCCUCUUCCUCCUCCUCUCCAUCCUCCCUCUCCUCCCCCUCCUCCUCAGAGUGGGAGUCCGAUGAGGAGGCCAGCUCCUCUGAGAACCAAGAUUUCACACCUCACAGUCCUGCUUCACCUACCACUUUGCCCAUUCGAUCCACCCUGAAGAGGCCUAAGCUUGAUAAAGGACAAGGCAAUGUGCGCUUUGACCAGGUGUCCGUUUUCAGUUUCCCCCGCUGCCAAGGCUUCACCAGCGUGCCCAGCCGUGGAGGUGCCACCCUUGGCAUGUUGCGCAAACACAGCGCCCGCCAAACGUACACGGUGGCAGAGCAUGCACAGGAACAACGGCACAGGCGCAAAGAGAGGCGGCGAGAAAAACUAAGAGAAGAGAAGUUUGAGGCUUUAAAGCGCAAACUUGUCAUCAGUGGAGCUGUUGAGCAACAUGAAGCAGACAGGCUCACUGUGGAUCAAAUCCUGCAUGAAGAUGCAGACAUCCAUGUUAGUGACACUGAGCUGGAAGAUGGAGGUUUCCUUCAGCCGUUCUCCUCUAAACAGCGACAGGCCAUCCUGCAGGCAGCGGGGGUGAAGGUCAUUGACAGGGAGGAGAAGAGGCAGCUUCACGCCCUGCGGCUGUCCAGAGAGGACUGUGGAUGUGACUGUCAAGGCUUCUGCGAACCAGAGACCUGCGCGUGCAGUCUGGCGGGCAUCAAGUGUCAGGUGGACCGCUUCAACUUUCCUUGUGGCUGCACUAAGGACAACUGUGGAAACACGCAAGGGCGCAUCGAGUUUGACACCAGACGUGUGCAGACCCAUUACAUCCACACAGUCAUGAAACUUGAGCUGGAGAGACGACUGCAAGAUGAAGCACUAAGCUCAGAUGACCAGGUGGGAUUUUCAGGGGAGCUUCAUGGGUGUAAAGACCAGGAUGAGAUCCAUCCAGUGCAAAGUGCACAGGACAAGAGAUGUCCCUUCGGAUUCACUAUGGAGGAAGACGAUCUUCCUCUCACCAUGCCCACUACCCCUCCCUUCCAUUUCAUUCCAGAGCGGUUGGUAAUUGAGGAGAACAGCUGCAGCAGCAACAUCACUGAAUCCUCUUUCACCUCCUCUGACUCUGACGCAGGAGGAUUCCUCAGUGGGAGUCAGAGUCCUCCUGAAGCUGAUGGAGGUUUGACCUCUGCUCUCAGUCUCUGUGACACUGAAAAUAAGUACACUUUGAGGAGCCAGCUGAGGCACAUAAGACAACCACUGGUGCAGCACAGCAGCAGCUCUGCUACUGACAGCGUGGGACCACGUACAGCUAUUACAUUCACAGACAAUCUAAACAGGACUUUUUUGGAUGAGAAUGCAAAUCAGUCCAGAGGUUUCUUUGAUGAUGACUCUCUUGGGGACAUCCCAAACACACCCUCCCCCACAGUGGAUUAUUCCAUAGGCAGAUACAUGGACUUGAGCCUCUCCUCUGACUCGGACCUGGAGUUCUUUGACAGUGACUACCCCUCUGGACCAGUGCACAGUUCUUUCAAAGAGCAUCAGCACCCAGGCAGUUUUCAGCCCAUCCAGCUGUUUAACUCUGUUAAUUUGCCACAGUACGAGUCGAGCACUCACCUCCUGGAGUCUCUGAUCGGUCUGAAUUAACCCAGUUCAGAUCAGAUUUAUUCUACCACAGAUACAGAGCUUUUGUUGCUGAUUUAGUUUUAUUCUUGUGAUACAGCCAGAAUCUGUGUGAGGAAAUGAUUUGAAGAGCACUGUUUUUAUAUAUUUGUAAUAAUAUUUCACUGUGCCAAGAAUGAUUGAUAAUCUAUUUUUCCUAGCUGCAUUUUUUUAAUUGCCUAUUGUUAUUUUUUUGUCUUUUGAAGGAAAGCUCACCUGAGUAAUUAUUAUGUAUUUUUAAUCUCUAAAGCUGAAUAAUGAAUUUUCACAUUGUUUUAAAUUAUUAUUAUUAUUAUUAUUAUUAUUAUUAUUAUUAUUAUUAUUGUUGUUGUUAUUGUUAUUAUCAUUAUUAUUAUUAUUACCAAUGAUAUUUGAUUUUUGGAGAUGGAAUUUACGCAUUAUUUCCAACUGUAAUUUUACCCUUAGUCAAGGGUAAUACAGAGUUACCAUAUGAAGAGCAUUUUGUCCCAAGACAUCUAUAACAAAUAUUUGUAUUCUGUUAGAAAGGGGCUGAGGUAGAAAACAUUUUCAGAGUAUGCUCACUGUGGUUGAUCCUUUGUGUCUUGGACGGUAUGUUCUUAGUAUCUCUGUACUGGAAUUAUAAAAUAAAUCAGUUUUAUUUAUUUAAGCAUUCCAUAAUUUCACAUUUAUUUCAUUAGUGCUACUUAUUUGUGCUUAGGGAUCAUGAAUAAAUAGUUACUGUGCAAGAAGGUUAAUAUGCUUUACAUUCAGAGGCUGAAGGAUGAUUUCAGAGUUUAUUUAUGGACUCAAUGUCCUUUGGCUUCUCUUCUGUCAUCAACAACAAUUAUUAAUAGAAACAGUUCUGUAUACAGUUCUAAACUUGAUCUAGUGGUAUUAAAAGUGCUGCAUAGCCACAGUUGUUAUGCAAAUCAUC